CCCCGGAUCAGAUCAUUCUCGGAUGAUCCGCAUCCUUCAGAUACCACCGGCUUUCACUGCAGACAGACGCACGCAGCAAUCAUGGAGGAUCCUGCUCGGACGCAAGACAUCCUUGGACAGCUGCCAAUCCUCAAGGCAUACAACCAUAUUCUCCUGGGGUUUGCAUUGUCCGAGGAUAUCUCCCGGGAAUCCGUCGUCCAAGCGCUCAACGCAGCAGCCCUGCAGCUAGCAACGUCCGUCCCAUGGAUCGGAGGCAAGGUCGUGAACGUGGGAAGCGGACCCGGCAACACUGGGCUAUUCAGGAGCGUGCCAUGCGAGCUGUUCGCGCCUCCGAAUUCGAUCCUUCGAGUCAAGGAUGUGACGGCGGACUAUCCCUCUUACGAGGAGAUCGUGAGCGCCAAAGGCCCCAUCUCGAUGCUGGACGGCAGCAUCAUUGCACCCAAGCCUGCAUUUCCUGUGAGCUAUGUAGACUGUGAAUCCGAUCCAGCCCCGGCCCUCCUCAUCCAGGCCACUUUCCUCAAGGGUGGUGUGCUGUUGGACUUCGCCGCGCAGCACAAUCUGUCCGACGGCGGCGGCGUCAUCCAGAUGAUAAACCUGGUCGCUACCACCCUGCGCGGCGAGAAGAUCCCCGAAAAGGCCAUAGUACAGGCCAAUCGAGACCGCAGAGAUGUCAUCCGGCUUCUGGAUCCCGCAGAACCCAUGCUGGACCACAGCCAUCUCGUCCGUCCGCCGCCGUCCGCGAUCCCCGCCAACCCCGUCGUCUCGCCCGAUAACUUCAUCUGGCAGUAUUUUCGCUUUUCCGCGUCGACGCUGGGUGCGUUGAAGAACAUCGCUUCGAAUCCGGCCGACUUCGACCCGUCUGUCAAGUUUAUCUCGACGGAUGACGCCCUGUGCGCGUUCUUAUGGCAGCGCAUCGCGACCGUCCGUCUACGCCGCCGCCAGACGCCGGAUGACCUGUGCAAGAUGACACGGGCCGUCGACAUCCGCCGUACUCUCCAGGUGCCAUCGGAGUACAUGGGCGUGAUGGUAUACAAUGUGAGCGGUCGACUGCCUCUCGGCCAACUGGCGACGGCUUCGCUGGCCCGCGCGGCGUCCGAGUUGCGCAAAGCCCUAAACAGCAUCGACGAGUAUGCAGUGCGCAGCUUCGCCACAUUUGUAGCGCGCCAGCCGGAUAAGUCCACCCUGGCGUACGCGGGGAAGUUCAAUCCUGAUGUUGACAUGGGGGUAUCCUCUAUGGCGUCGGUGCCGCUGUAUCGCGCCGAUUUUGGCCCACUGGGCGCUCCGGGCCUCGUGCGACGGCCCAAUUUUGCACCGGUCCUGAGCACCAUCUAUGUGAUGCCGCAGACUGUGGAAGGGGACGUUGAUGUCUUGAUCUGUCUGACGAGGGAGGAUAUUGGGGCCUUGCGGGCGGACCCCGAAUGGACUGCGUAUGCGGAGUAUAUAGGGUGAUUUACACCAUCGAAGAGAGGCAGAUAAAGAUUAAUCUUCU